AUGGCUCCCCGCAACCGUCAGACCGACAGUCGGUCGGCCUCUCGGUCUCCCUCACCAACAGACUCGACUGAGAGCACUCUGUCAUCUUCAAGCACUCUCCUCUCAUCAGGUCCAGAUUCCUCAACAUCACUGCCUUCGCUCUCCUCUUCAACAGCCCCAACUUCGUCAUCCAUGUACAGCGGCUUGGGCACUCGCCCCCGCCGGUUAACGCCGCCAUCACGACUUCUUGGGGCCAUCGAUGAAGACAGCUCGACCAUACAGCCUGACCUGCCUUUAUCGUGUGACAGCGAGAAGCACCCUGUUUCCAAACUUCAUGUCUACGCUGCCGUGGUCAAUCCCAAACAAAAGCCAACUCUCGCAGCCAUGUCACGUCCACCAGCGGACGAAUUCGAACGUGUGAUGGGACCUCGUGGUGAGAGGUUUGCCGAUCUACGAAUGAAUCGAAAAAUGGAGGGGGCCAAAGGCUGGAAGAGAUUCGUGUGCUUCGGGUAA